UACCGUAUCUUGUGACGAUGAGUCGAGAUGUAAGAAUUUUCCAUUGUGCAUCGAUUCUAUAGCAAGUAGCCACUAGCUGCUAACUUUUGUUUUCCUGUUUACUCGUCUUAUUAAGAGAUUACUCGCGUCUGGAAUAAGAUGACGAAAAAUCAAGCUUUGUUAUUUGAUCGGCUUUCGGAAUGGAUGCAAUGCUUCUGUGUAGUCACGUUCGAUUUGGAGCUAGGACAGUCCAUGGAGGUCGUUUGUCCGGGGACCGUGCAGUUGACAGAGCAGGACAAGAGCAACAUAUGCUACCUCGCUUUUCCCGAUUCCAACUCGGGAUGCCUGGGCGAUACAUCCUUCCAUUUCCGCAUUCAUCUGAUAUUCGAAUCCCCCAGUGGCUCCUACUUUGACCGACGGAAAUCCCUGGUCAACUACAACCGCAGCUGUGCUCCCAGCCUGCAAACGGAUCUCGGAAUGCAUUUUGGUUAUGUCUGCUUUCGCCAGGUGAAGGAUCGCUCCGUGCGCCGUGGCUACUUCCAGAAAUCCGUCGUCCUCAUCACCAAACUCCCCUUCCUGAAUAUAUUCCGCGAAGUGCUGCAGUUGGUGGCCCCGGAGUUCUUUGAGAACGGGGUGCAGGCGUUGGAGUUCGCCUGCAAAGAGAUGGAUCGCUGGCCCAGUUUGCAGGUGGGAGUGCCGCUCAGUCUGCCCCUGUUUGGACAUACUCUCAAUGUGACGAUUCCCUCCUUGCUGGAUGGGGCGCUGCCCGGGGCAUCGUAUCCUUCCAAUUUAUCAGCAUUCUCAUCCUCACUUAAUAUUCCCAUCACUUCGAUUCAUGAUUUGGAUUUUGCCAAGACAUUCCAUGGAUUUUUAUCGCAUUUGCAUAUUUUUUGGGAGUUGGUGCUGUGCAAUGAACCCCUGGCGGUUAUCGCACCCAGUCCCACAGUCUGCUCAGAAAUUGUACAGGGGCUGAUAUGGAUUAUUUGGCCGUUAAAAUAUGCGACCGAUUACCGACCGUUUUUCACCAUUCAUGAUCAGGAUUUUAAAGACUACACGACGCGAACGCAGUCCCCUCCUCGCAAUAUUUUGGGAGUUACGAAUCCCUUUUUUGUCAAAACACUGCAACAUUGGCCGCAUGUCAUACGCGUCGGAGAGGACGAUAAAAACAAGGCAGAUGACAGCGCCAAAACAAAAACUCCGUUUAAGUUGUCAUCAACUGUGGAUUUCAAGCAAGGGUUAUACAGCGAAUAUAAACCAUAUUUAAACAAAGAUAAAGCCCUUAUCAAGCGAUUGCAGAAGGGUAUUCAAUCAAAACGUCCUACUGAAGCGCAGUCGUCACUGAUUAAAAAGUAUUAUUACGAGUUAACCCGAAGUUUUCUGAUACCCCUGGAACGUUAUGUGUCAACACUUAUGCCAUUAUUGCGCGAUAUAUCGCCUUUUCGGAUGCCGCCGACAUUACGGGAUUUUAAUGUUGAGGAGUUUCUUGAAACGGUCGAAGUUGCCGGUCCUCAGCUCACAUCCGGUACGAAAGGUGAUUGGCAAGGAUUGUACACCUCAUUCUUGAAAAGCGAAAAUUUCGGACACUGGUUUCAAAUGCGGAAAGCCGAAAUCAAUCAGAAACUGCGAUUAAUACACCUGGAAGCGGUUGCAAAUGCGGACUUAGAAGCUUGGAGUACUGCAAAGUCGGAAGUGGAGUUGGUGGAUAUGAUACUGCAGAUCCGGUCCCGCGUCCAUAAUGUUCGUAACGAUGGAACGGUAAUCGCCCCUGAUCUUCAUGCGAAGUUGCGGCAGUCGCUGGAGACAGUCAUGGGGAAACUUCCUCCCGAUCUCAACGCCGCUAUAAAAAAUAAUCAAAGAAGCGGGUCAUUUGUCUAAAAAUACUUGAGCAGUCUUACUGAUCUGGUGAUUUGCAAGUUGCAACUUGUCUGAACUUUGAAUUUGUUUCCUGAUUUUAUCUUUUACAAAAAAGUAUCUUGAGUUGAAGUUAAGUUCUUGCUUUUAUGGUCAAACGAUUUCUAAUACGUUUUGUUGUUAUACUGUCUGCGCCUUUUUCAGACUUGUAAAUGGUAAUAUGUACUUGGUGAAAUAAUAAGGAUACUGAAUGUGUAAAUUAUAUGGGUAUGAAAAUAGUUCUGGAUGCCACGAU